CAAACACGUGUACAGAUCAUACUUAAAAAUAAAGCCAUGUUAUCCUUUCUCUCCGGCUGGUUCUAUCCUUUUGUCCCUCACCCCUGACGCGGGGGGGGAUUAUCACGUCCCCCCCCUCGUGGAUUAACGUCCCCUCAGCGGCGGGGUUGGGAUUCGAACUGGUGACCGAGCGGCGGUCCGCCCACUGCGCAUGCGCCGACUGCCGACCGCGGCGCAAGUGAUGUCAACCAACGCCUGGGGCAUGCGCAAUGCUAGUGGGGGGGGUUCCCCAACCGAUUACGUCACCGACAGCCGGAGCAUGCGCAAUGCCGGCUUUGACGGGGGUUCCCCGGGACUAUCCCAUGUGAUGUCACAUACGCCUGGGGCAUGCGUAGUGCCGGCUCUGGCGGGGGUUCCCCGGGACUGCUCCCCCCCCCCUGUGACGCAACAGGGGCAGCCCGCGGCGACGUCACAGAGCCCGGGGGCCGCCGCGCGCUCCAGGGAUCACAAUCAGCAACAUCGCGCCCAGCGGCCGGGAGCGGCGGGUAGCUACAUCGAGGAUCCGUCCCGCCCUCGGCUGGCCCUGUGUUACCAGGAGUCUCCACCCUGGAGCGAGGGGAGGAGGAGAGUGAGCCGGGGUCCACCCUUGGCCUGGGACAGGUCCGGGAGCCCACCAGGACCCCAGAGAGAGGGAGACGCCGGGCGGGCCCCGUCUCCCUCUCUCCCGCCCUCGCCCACGCGCUGGGGCGCCACGGACCGGUGGGCGAGGGGCCCGCCAGACUUCUGUGGGAGGAGGAGAUCUCAGACGCCAGUCUCCGCACGCCAUCCGAGAGCGAGGACAGCGAGACGGCCCCGCCUUCCCUCCGCGGGGAGUUCACCCCGGACACUCCCCGCCGGCCCUUCCUCAGCACGGAGACUCCCCAGGCAGCCGCUAUCUUGGACGCUCCCGAACGGUCGGCCAUCUUGGUGAGUCCUGAGAGGUCGGCCAUCUUGGACGCUCCCAUGCGGUCGGCCAUCUUUGUGAGUCCUGAGAGGUCGGCCAUCUUGGACGAUCCCGGACAGUCGGCCAUCUUGGCGAGUCCUGAGCGGUCAGCCAUGGCGGAAGAUUACCGAUGGUCGUCCAUCUUGGUCAGUCCUGGGGCAGCCGCCAUCUUGGAGCACCACAAGCGGGCAUCCAGGCAGCACAGGCCUGAGGCGAUCGCCCCACUGGACCGGCCCAGCACUAACUCCCUCCCGGCCAGACCUGGGCCCAAGCCAGUCACAGUCCCGCUGUCGUUGCCAGAGCCGCCGGCCUCCCGGGCAAAGUGGGCUCCAGGCCAAGAUUCAGUCCCAGCCUGGGAAAAUCCUGACCUAGCGGCCAUCUUGGGAAGCCCAGACCUAGUGGCCAUCUUGAAGAGUCCGGACCUGGCGGCCAUCUUGGGGAGGGCAAACCCUGCGGCCAUCACAGAAAGGUCGGACCCAGCAACCACCUCGCAAAGGUCAGACCCGGUGGUGACCACCUUGGAAAGGUCCGACACGGGGGCCAUCUUGGGGAGGUCGGAUCCGGCAGCCAUCUUGGAAAGGUCCAACCCGGCAGCCAUCUUGGAAAGCCCCGACCCUGGGGCCAUCUUAGGGAGGUUGUACGCAGUGGACACCUUGGGGAAGUCGGACCCGGCAGCCAUCUUUGAAAGGUCGGAUCCAGCGGCCAUCUUGGGGAGGUCUGGCCAGGUGGGCGGGCCCUGGGAGGAUGACACAAUGGACUCCCUGCCCAAGCCCGACCGCCAGGACACCGAGCCCCGGUUCCCCACCGACCCGGCCCUCGGCAGCCCCACCCCCACCGCUGUACUGGCCCAGAUCCUGGCCACCACGCUGGGGGGCCCUCCGCCCCUCGAUUCCCCUCCCCCCAAUGAGUUGGACAACCCUUUCUCACUGGCUGCAGGGCUACUGGCCGGAAUCCUCCGCUCCUUGCCCAUCCCUCCCGUCAAAGAGCUCCCCCUCUCCUCCAAUCCCAGCAGAGACCUCCCUCUCUCCUCCAAUCCCAGCAGAGAGGUCCCUCUCUCCCCAAAUCCCAGCAGAGAGCUCCCUCUCUCCCCCAAAACUAGCAGAGAGCUCCCUCUCUCCUCCAAUCCUACCAGAGAGCUAUCUCUCUCCCGCAAUACCAGCAGAGAGAUAACUCUCUCCCCCAAUCCCAGCAGAGAGGCAACUCUCUCCCCCAAUCCCAGCAGAGAGGUAACUCUCUCUCCCAAUCCCAGCAGACAGGUCCCUCUCUCCCCCAAUCCCAGCAGAGAGUUCCCUCUCUCCCACAAUCCCAGCUGGGAGCUCCCUCUCUCCCCCAAUCUUAGCUGGAGGGCCCCUCUCUCCUCCAAUCCCAGCUGGACAAUCCCUCUCUCCACCAAUCCCAGCAGGGUGUAUGCUCUCUCCUCCAAUCCCAGCUGGACGUUCCCUCUCUCCCCCAAUCCCAGCAGAGAGCUUUUUCUCUCCGCCAAUUCCACCUGGGCGGUCCCUCUCUCCUCCAAUUCCAGCAGAGAGGUCCUAAUCUCUGCCAAUGCCAGCAGAGAACUCCCUCUCUCUGCCUCUCCCAGCAGGGACACCCCCGGGACCAGCAGAGAGCGGGGAGGCUUGGAGGAGUUGGACUGGUGGGACCAUCCCAGCAGAGAUGUGGUGGACCAUCACGCAUCGCCCCUGAACUAUCCCAGCAGACACACUAGCAGGGAAGAUGUGGACCAGCAGGAGACUUCUCCUCUCAGGUUUCCCAGCAGACACACCAGCAGGGACAAACUGGUGGACCACCAUGCAACAUCACUCUUGGAAUAUUCCAGCAGAGACAGCCCCAACACCAGCAGGGAUGACGGGACCAUCAAGGACCAUGAGAUGUCAGGAUAUCCCAGUAGACACACCAGCCUCAGCACCAGCAGGGGAAAGGUGGGGGAGCUCCAGGAGACAUCUACCAUGGAUAAUCCCAGCAGAGGCAGCUCCACCACCAGCAGAGAUGUGGGGAGCCACCAGGGGACUUCACCACUGGUCUAUCCCAGCAGACCCACCAGCCUGGACACCAGCAGAGACGCGAUCACUGCAGACCACGCCAUCGUCUCAGCAGCUACGCCUCAGAGACACGAACACAGCAGACACACCAGCCUCACCACCAGGGAGUCGAUGGAGCCCCAGCAGAUGCCUCCCACGAGGCAUCCCAGUAGAAAAGGUGCUGGCACCAGCAGGAAGGCGAAAACCAGCCUGGACACCAGCAGGGCUAAUCCGCUGGAGCUCCAGGCGGUGUCGGCCGUGGGGCACCCCAGCAGACACACCAGCAGGGUCAAGGUGGACCUCGAGCAGACAUCAGUCUUGGAGAAUCCCAGUAGAGACGUGGAUGCCUUGGACCAGGAGACUUUCUCAGGAUCAGCCAGUAGACACACCAGCCCCAAUCCCAGCAGGGUCAAGGUGGACUAUGAGGGGACAUCAGCCUUGGAGAAUCCCAGCAGACAGACCAGCAGAGAGAUGGUGGUUCUGCAGGGACUGCCAUCGCUGGGGAAUCCCAUUAGACAGACCGGCACCAAUCCCAGCAGGACUAAUGUGCUGGAUCUCCCAGUGACCCCAUCAUUGGCAGAUCCCAUUAGACACAGCAGCCCCGUCCCCGGCAGAGAUACGGUGUCCCAGGUCCCAGGAUUUCCCAGCAGAGAUGAUCCUGACACCAGCAGAGAGGGGAUGCCCCUCCUUGACCAUUCCAGCAGGGACGGGGAAUACCCCCGUGCAACCGCCGUCUCGGGAAAUCCCAGCAGACACGGCAGCCUUGGCCCCAACACCAGCAGAGAGAUGGUGGGUCUCCCGCGGCAACCCAGCAGAGAUGAGCCCGUCGCCAGGCUGCCCACCCACCAUCCCAGCAGAAAUGCCCCCGACACCAGCAGGGGCGGACAGGACCUGCAGGGUCAUGAGGAGAUACUAUUUUGGGGCCAGACCAGCAGACAUGCCAGCUCAAAGACCAACAGAGGUCAGGUGUGGGACCUUCAGGAGGCAUUGGCCUCGGGCUACCCCAGCAGACACACCAGCCCCAAAGCCAGCAGGGACGUGGGGUCCCAGGUCACCCCAGCCUCCGGAUACCUCAGCAGACACACCAGAGACGGCCCCAGCACCAGCAGAGACUACGGGCCCAUGUUGGACCUUGAUGAGGAUGCGUCCUCGAGCAAUCCCAGCAGAGCGAGCACUGACUCCAGCACAGAUCUGGGAUCCCUGGUGGAUCUCGAGAUGUGGCCGGCAGACCAUCCCAGCAGAGCUGAGCCCGGCACCAGCAGAGAUGUGGGAAUCCUGGUGGAAUUUCAGGAGAUCUCACCCACGCACCAUCCCAGCAGAGCGAGUCCCAACUCCAGCAGGGAUGUGGGAACCGAGAUGGAUUUUGAGAUGUGGUUGGCAGACCAGACCAGCAGGGAUGUAGGGACCAUGGUGGAGCUCCAGGAGGCAUCUCCCGCAGCCCAUACCAGCAGGGCCGGUACCAGCUCCAGCAGGGACAUGGGCAACCUGCUGGAUCCUGGGGUGGUGGCGCCCUUGGACGAUCCCCACAGACCUGCCCAGCAUCCCAGCAUCCCGUCCACCAAUCCCAACAGGGAAUUGGAAGCGGCGUUCCCUCCCAGGAAUCCCAGCAGCCCUGUCAACGCAGCCAGGGUUCCCAGCACAACAUUUAACACAGCCCCAGAUCCCAGCAGCCCAUCGAACACAGUCCCUGAUCCCAGCAGCAGUUUGAACACAGCCCCAGAUCCCAGAUCAUUGAACACAGGCAUGGAUCCCAGCAGAAUGUUGAACACCGCCCCGGAUCCCAGCAGUCAGCCAGGAGCAAUCCUGGAUUCCAGCAGAUCAUGGAAUACAGUCCCAGAUCCCAGCAGAAUGUUUAACACAGCCGUUGAUCCCAGCAGAACAUUGGAUGCAGUCCCAGAUACCAGCAGACUGUUGAAUAUAGUCCCUGAUCCCAGCAGCCGGGCUGGAGAGGCCCCGGAUCCCAACAGUUCAUUGAAUACAGUUCCUGAUCCCAGCAUAACAUUGAACACUGUCCCGGAUCCCGGCAGCCGGUCUAGUAUGCUGCCGGAUCCCAGCAGCCCAUCAAAUACAGUCAUAGAUCCCAGCAGAAUGUCAAAUGCAGUCUUGGAUCCCAGCAGAACAUCAAACACAGCCCUGGAUCCCAGCAGGGCACUGAACACAGACCCAGAUCCCAGCAGAACAUUGAAUAUAGUUCCAGAUCCCAGCAACCAGCCUGGAGCAAUCCAGGAUCCCAGCAGAUCAUUGAAUGCUGUCUUAGCUUCCAGCAGAUCGCUUAACACAGUCCCGGAUCCCAGUAGCCCGUCGAAUACAGUCAUAGAUCCCAGCAGAAUGUCGAAUGCAGUCCUGGAUCCCAUCAGAACAUUUAACACUAUCCCUGAUCCCAGCAGCCGGCCUGUCGUGACCCUGGAUCCCAGCAGCCCAUUGAAUGCAGUCGCUGAUCCCAGCAGCAAGUUAAACACAGCCCCAGAUUCCAGCAGCUCGUCAAAUACAGUCAUAGAUCCCAGCAGAAUGUUGAACACAAUCCCUGAUCCCAGCAGAUGGUCUGGAGCGGCCCCGAAUCCCAGCAAAUCAUUGAAUACUGUCCUGGAUCCCAGUAGAACAUCAAACACAGUCCCGGAUCCCAGCAGCCCGUCGAAUACAGUCUUGGAUCGCAGCAAAUCGUUCAAUGCAGUAUUGGAACCCAGCACAAUGUUGAACAUAGUCCCAAAUCCCAGCAGAUCAUGGAAUGCAAUCUCGGAUCGCAGCAGAAUGUCUAACACAGUCCCGGAUCCCAGCAGCCGGCCUGGCGUGUCUCUGGAUGCCAGCAGCCCAUUGAAUACAGCCUUGGACCCCAGCAAAAUGUUGACCACAGCCGCCGAUCCCAGCAGCCAUCUGACCAUCGCGCUGGACGGGGGCCGGGUGGUCCGUAUCCUGCUGGAUCCCAGCUCAAUAGGGACCGCCCUGCUGGACCUGCGGGGGCUUCGGAACACGGCCCCGGAUCCCAGCAGACCACUGAACGCAGCCACAGAUCCCAGCAGCCCAUUAAACGCUGCCCCGGAUCCCAGCAGCCCGUGGAACGUAGUCCUGGAUCCCAGCAGACAGUCAAAUGCAGACCAGGACCCCAGUAGAAAGUCAAACACAUCCCCCGAUUCCAGCAGCCUGUGGAAUGCAGUCUCAGAUCCCAGCAGAGAGUCCAGCACGGGCCAGGAUCCCAGCAGCCGGUCGAACAUGGUCCCCGGGAGCCUGCUGGCGGUGGCCCGGCCUCCCAGCAGAGACCGAGGGGCGUGGGGACCCCCAGCCCCGCCCGAACCCCCUCCCCGCUCGCCUGCAGGGCCCGAGGCUCAGGCUGUGGGGCCCGACAAGGGCCCAGCGACCGGCGGGGAGGCCCCAGCCUCAACCUCAGCGACGAGGACUCGAGGCCCAGGCCUAGGAGUCAGGCUUCAAGGCCUACAAGUAGUGCCUAAUGUGGAGGAUCCAGGCAUAGUGGACAUGCUUCAUGGGCCAGGCCUAGGAAUUAAGCUUCAGGGCCUACAAGUAGCGCCUAAGGUGGAGAAUCCAGGCAUAGUGGACAGGUUUCAGGGGCUAGGCCUAGGAAUUAGGCUUCAGGGCCUACAAUCAGUAUCUACGCUGGAGGAUUCAGGCCUAGAGGAUAGGUUUCAUGGGCCAGGCCCAGGAGUUGGGCUUCAGGGCCUACAAACAGUGUCCACACUGGAGGAUUCGGGCCUAGCAGACAGGCUUCAGGGCUCGGAGAUGGCGUUGAGAUCCCGGUGGCCUGGUUCGUUCACCAGCCUCUCCCCCAUGCCCCCUCAACCCACGGCCCUCCACACGGACAUUCUGCAGUGUCGGGCAGAGCCGGGCGACGGGGGGAUGUCGGAAACGGUGGAAGAGGAAGUGGGCCGGGAAGAAGAAGAAACGAGCGUUAGGGCAAAGGAAGUCGGACAGAGUGAAAACAAAGCUGGUCUGGAGGAUGAGGAAGCAGAAAUGGGCAAAGAGGAAGCCAUAGCGAUCAACGAGGAAGAGGAAGUGACCCAGGUGGAAAAGGAAGCGGGCCGGGCGGAACAGGAAGUGGGACAUGAGGAACAGGAAGCGGGACAUGAGGAAAAGGAAACGGGCCGGGAGGAACAGGAAGCGGGACAUGAGGAACAGGAAGUGGGCCAGAAGGAACAGGAAGUGGGACAUGAGGAACAGGAAAUGGGCUGGGAGGUAGGACGUGAGGGGCAGGAAGUGAGAAGUGCAGGGCAGGAAACAGGCCAGAAGGAAGAGGAAGAGAGUCGGGAGGAAGAGGAAGAGGAAGAGGAAGUGGGCCGGGAGGAAGAGGAAGCAGAUCAGGAGGAAGAAGAAGACGGCCAUGAGGAACAGGAAGCAGGCGGGGAGGACCAGGAAGCUGAUUGGGAGGAACAGGAAGCAGGCCAGGAGGAACAGGAAGAGGGCCGGGAGAAACAUGAAGCAGGCCAAGUGAAACAGGAUGUGUGCCGAGCGGGGCAGGAAGCAGAUCAGGAGGACCAGGAAGCAGAACAGGAGGAACAGGAAGCGGAUCAGGAGGAACAGGCAGCGUCCUUGAGGGAAGAGGAAGGCCUGUCGGACUCGGAAUUGAUGUCAGUGCCCUGGGACGACGCGGAAUACUGGGACAUCUUCUACUACGUGUCCCUGGUGGCGGCGCGAGAGCUGCUGCGCAUACGGCGGCGAGGACGGCCCGGGUAAGGGCCCUGAGCGGCGGCCAUCUUGGCCUGACCUCACCAAGAUGGCGGCCGAUGUAGAUAUUAGGAUGAACUCCGGGCUGGGCUGGGCUCAUCUCCCCGCCUGGCAACCUUGUAAAAUGUGUUUAUUGGAAUAAAAAUGACAUAUAUUGGUCUUGUUUACUUAC